GCCAUGCUCGCGGGGCCGGGCCUGGGCCGCAGCGCGGGGCGGCCGGAGCGGGCGGCACCGAGGCCUGGCGGGGCGGCCGGUGGGUGCCUGGCGGGAUGUUCCGCAAGGCGCGGAGGGUGAAUGUGCGGAAGCGGAACGACUCGGAGGAGGAGGAUGAGGAGCGCGACGAGGAGCCGCCUCAGGAGCCGGCGCCGGCGGCCGGGUCGGCGGGGGAAGGGCCCAGCGAGGCCUCCGUGCCGCUGGCGUCGGGCGCUGGACUCCUACCGCUGCCCGCCGGCUGCGUGCCCCUCGCCCUGCCCGGCAGCCCCGCGGCCUUCGCCUGCGCCGCGAGCUACGGAGCGGCUCUCGGCUUGGGGCUGGGCUUGAUGGGAGGCGACCGAGCAAGCCUGGGGGCUCUGCCGGCGCCCGCUGUGCUGCGCCCCCCACCACCACCGCCGCAGCCCCAGCCCCAGCAGGGCAAUGGGCUGCCGGUGACCGGGCGCCCCAAGGAGAAGAAGCGGUCGCGGGAGAACAAAGAGGUGCCGAGGGCCAGCCUGCUCAGCUUCCAGGACGAGGAGGAGGAAACAGAAGAAGUUUUCAAAGUGAAGAAAUCAAGUUACAGCAAAAAGAUUGUAAAACAGUUGAAGAAAGAAUACAAAGAAGAUCUUGAAAAAUCAAAAGUUAGAACAGAGGCCAAUUCUCCAACAGAUGUUGAAGCACCACCAGAAAAGAUAGGACAGAAUAAGGAUAUAGGCCAAGAAGAUGGGACUGCAAACAGUGAGCAUGGUGAAGAAGAAAUGGAAGUUGAAAGUGAGAAGGAAGAAGAAAAACCAAAAGCUGGUGGUGCUUUUUCAAGUGCUUUGUCAUCACUGAAUGUUCUCCGCCCAGGAGAAAUUCCAGAUGCUGCUUUUAUUCAUGCCGCUAGGAAAAAGCGUCAAAUGGCUCGUGAACUUGGAGACUUUACCCCCGUUGACAGUGAACCAGGUAAAGGCCGCCUUGUUCGAGAAGAUGAAAAUGAUGCCAGUGAUGAUGAAGAUGAUGACGAGAAGAGGAGGAUAGUUUUUACAGUGAAGGAAAAAUCCCAAAGGCAAAAGAUUGCUGAGGAAAUAGGUAUUGAGGGAAGUGAUGAUGAAGCACUAGUGGCAGGGGAGCAGGAUGAAGAACUCAGUAGAUGGGAGCAAGAGCAGAUACGAAAAGGAAUCAACAUACCCCAGGUUCAACCAAGUCAGCCUGCAGAAGUGAAUAAUGUGUACUACCAGAACACUUACCAGACACUGUCUUAUGGUUCAUCGUAUGGCAUUCCAUACACCUAUGCUGCCUAUGGAUCAUCGGAAACCAAGUCUCAAAAAACAGAUAAUACAGUUCCUUUCAAAACUCCCAGUAAUGAGAUGACUCCUGUUACUAUUGAUUUGGUAAAGAAACAGCUUAAAGACAGGUUGGACUCUAUGAAAGAAAUGCACAAAGCUAAUCGGCAGCAAUAUGAGAAACAUCAGCAAAGCCAAGAGGACUCUACCAAGGCAAUUGAAAGAUUAGAAGGGUCUUCUGGGGGUAUUGGUGAACGGUAUAAGUUUUUGCAAGAAAUGCGAGGGUAUGUCCAAGACUUGCUUGAGUGUUUCAGUGAAAAGGUGCCUCUGAUUAACGAACUUGAGUCUGCAAUGCACCAGCUGUACAAACAGCGAGCUUCCCGCCUUGUCCAAAGACGACAAGAUGAUAUUAAAGAUGAAUCUUCGGAGUUUUCAAGCCAUUCAAAUAAAGCACUGAUGGCUCCGAAUCUUGAUUCUUUUGGGCGAGACAGAGUGAUCUAUCAAGAGCAAGUCAAGCGUCGGACUGCAGAAAGAGAGGCUAGAAGAGCUCGCCGCAGACAAGCAAGAGAGCAGACUGGGAAGAUGGCAGAUCACCUGGAAGGCCUUUCCAGCGAUGACGAGGAAACUUCAACAGAUAUCACAAACUUCAACUUGGAGCGAGAUCGUAUAUUGAAAGAAUCCAGCAAAGUUUUCGAAGAUGUUUUGGAAAGUUUUUACUCCAUUGAUUGCAUUAAGUCACAGUUUGAAGCUUGGCGCUCCAAGUACUUUGCUUCUUAUAAGGAUGCUUAUAUUGGCCUCUGUUUACCAAAGUUGUUUAAUCCUUUAAUCAGACUUCAGCUGCUUACCUGGACUCCUUUGGAGGGCAAGUGUCGAGAUUUUGAAACAAUGUUGUGGUUUGAGUCAUUGCUGUUUUAUGGCUGUGAGGAGCAGGAGCAGGUGAAAGAUGAUGCUGAUAUUUCACUGUUGCCUACCAUUGUAGAGAGAGUUGUUCUUCCUAAAUUAACAGUAAUUUCUGAAAAUAUCUGGGAUCCCUUUUCUACCACACAGACAUCUAGAAUGGUAGCAAUUGUACAGAAACUAAUAGAUGGAUAUCCCUCAGUGGUGAAUGCAGAAAACAAAAAUACACAAAUGCUUUUAAAGGCCCUGUUGCUAAGAAUGAGGAGAACACUAGAUGAUGAUGUAUUCAUGCCCUUGUAUCCAAAAAACAUCUUAGAAAACAAGAACUCUGGUCCAUAUUUGUUUUUCCAACGUCAGUUUUGGUCCUCUGUUAAGUUAUUGGGAAACUUUCUCCAGUGGUAUGGAAUCCUCUCAAACAAAACUCUACAGGAGCUGUCCAUAGAUGGGUUGCUAAAUAGAUACAUUCUUAUGGCUUUUCAAAACUCAGAGUAUGGAGAGGACAGCAUUAAAAAAGCUCAAAGUGUAAUUGCUUGCUUCCCUAAGCAGUGGUUCACUAAUCUAACGGGAGACAAGACUAUUUCUCAGCUAGAAAACUUCUGUAGAUACCUUGUUCACCUGGCUGAUACAAUUUACAGAAACAGCAUUGGUUGCUCUGAUGUAGAGAAGAGAAAUGCCAGGGAGCACAUCAAGCAGAUCAUAAAGCUUCUAGCAAGUAUCCGAGCUCUGGAUCAUGCUGUUACUGUUGCAAAUGAUCACAACGUAAAAGAGUUCAAGAUUCUAAUAGAAGGAAAAUAGACUUUUCCCACCACUCAUUUUGAGCUUUAAAACCAUUCCUGAUAUGUAAUUUAUGUACAUAUGUAAAGUUUCUUAAACUGUAAAAUAUUGAUCUUUGUUUUAAUACAAAGUGCAUUCUUAUAUACAGCAUCCUUAAAAAUAAAAAUCAUUGACUUCAUUGAAAACAAAAA